GGCCCGACUCAGCCUGAUUUACGGCUCUGCUGAAAACCGCUUCGCUCCCGCAGCAUCAGUAGUACCAGACGCGGCGGCGGCGGCGGCGGCAGCAGCUGCAGUUGCAGCAACAAGUCGGGACUUUCAGAGUAAUGCAACAGAAGGCUUUUGAGGAAAGCAGAUACCCCUGGCAGGAAUCCUUUGAGAAUGUUGCUGUGUGCCUGCCAUUCCGCUGCCCGAGGUGUGGAGACCAUACCAGAUUUAGAAGUCUGUCGUCCUUGAGGGCCCAUCUGGAAUUCAGUCACAGCUACGAGGAAAGAACCCUCUUGACAAAAUGCAGUCUCUUUACUUCCCUCAAAGACACAGACUUAGUCACUUCCUCAGAACCCCUGAAACAGGGAAAGUUGCAGAGCGGUGGCAAUGUGGUAAAGCAGAAACCAAGCUAUGUGAACCUGUAUAGCAUUUCCCAUGAACACUUAAAGGACAGGAAGCCAUUUGAGGUGGUGGCAGAGAGGCCUGUGUCCUACGUGCAGACCUACACUGCGAUGGACCUGCGUGCAGACUCACUGGAUGGACCACUGUCAAGUUCCGGACUUCCCACCUCUGACACCAAAGCUUCUUUUGAGGCACAUGUCAGAGAAAAAUUUAAUCGGAUGGUUGAGGCUGUGGACAGAACCAUCGAGAAGCGAAUUGAUAAACUCACCAGAGAGUUGGCCCAGAAAACUGCUGAACUCUUGGAAGUUCGGGCAGCUUUUGUGCAGCUGACUCAGAAAAAACAGGAAGUGCAGAGGCGAGAACGGGCCCUGAAUAGACAGGUGGAUGUAGCAGUGGAAAUGAUUGCUGCACUGAGGCAACGCCUGACAGAAUCUGAGGAAGAGCUUCUUAGGAAAGAAGAAGAAGUUGUUACAUUCAACCAUUUCUUGGAAGCAGCAGCUGAGAAGGAGGUUCAAGGGAAAGCUCGACUCCAGGACUUUAUCGAGAAUCUGUUGCAACGGGUUGACCUGGCAGAAAAGCAGUUAGAGUACUAUCAGUGCCAGCAGGCUGCCGGCCUUUGCCCUGACAUCAGUGAGCAUGUGCUUAUGGAUAUCUCCUCAAAUAGGAAACCCAAAUGCCUAAGCCGGGGGCACGCACAUUCUGUGUGUAACCACUCUGAUCUCAAGACCCAUUUCCAUCCAAAGGGAAGGAACUACCUGAAAAAAGCCAAGGAUGACAGAGCCAGCAUGCAGCCUGCUAAAUCCAUCCAUGAACAGGCCGAGGCCACGAGAGAACUCUGCAGACCACUGAAGAAAGGGGAGCCCCUGGGGCUUAGCCGGAAAGGCAACAUCAGACCCAAAAUGGCUAAAAAAAAGCCAACAGCAAUUGUGAACAUCAUCUGAAAGGGUGGGUGGCUCUGAACCACCAUUGCUGGGCUUGGUGGAAUGUUAUUCCGGGGGCCAACAGUAACCCAUAGUAAGACAUGUUAGAAAAGCAACAGGGCAUAAUACAUUUAUCUUGUGUCCAUACAGCAACUUUGAUUAACCAGAAUUUAACAAACCAGAAUCUUGGUGAAUCAUAACUGUGUUACAGACCCCUUUUAGAAGCAAGGGGCAAAUUCCAGAAAGAAUGAGAAAAUUAAGCAGUCUUA